GCGUGGCUUCCACUUCCAGCACUGACCGGGUCAACUCGGCUGUCGUUUCAUCUGUCGGUGCAGAUGAUGGCGGGGGACGUUUCUUACAGUAUUGUGGAGUAUUUCGGCGGAGAUGAUGGUUACCGCUGCGGUUACUGUAAAAACGAAAAGGGCAACUUCUCUCAUGGGAUGUGGGCUCACGCUCUGACUGUACAAGACUACCAGGACCUCAUCGAUCGAGGAUGGAGAAGAAGUGGUAAAUAUAUUUAUAAACCCACUCUGAAGAAGACCUGCUGUCCACAGUACACCAUCAGGUGCCACGCACUGAACUUUCAGCCUUCCAAAUCCCACAAGAAAGUUCUGAAGAAGUUGAACAAAUUUAUUUCCAGUGGGGAACUGCCAAAGGGAGAAGGGGAGCCCAUGGACUCCGUGUGUCCGGAGCCCAGUCCACGGGAGCCCACCGACGUCUGCCAGUCAGAUUUGAGAUGUGCUGCUAUCACAGAUCUUCAACGGGAAGUGCCCAAGUGUCCUGCUGCUGCAGAAGUUCAGGAGUCAGAAGAGUCCACGGCUGCGAGCACAGAAAGCUCUCAGAAGGCUCCGCCGUCCCUCCCAGACCAGAGAACGGCUCCUAAUCCAGGACUGGGAGCUGAUCUGAGCCGUCCGCCCUGUAGGAAGGCCAAAGAGUUUCGGAAGGAGCGGCGUCUUCAAAAAGACCAGAUCAGACAAGAAGCCGAUGGGGUGUCCGCUCCAAAACCUAACCCCAACCAACCCAAAUCCCUGGAGGGGUUCAUCAAUGAGUCACUGGGGGGUAAUGCCUCCCAUCGCUUUGAGGUGAGGCUAGUGCGCUCCAAUCCCCCUAGCCCGCAGUUCAAAGACUCUUUCGACGCCUCCUACCAGGUGUACAAACUCUACCAGAUGGCCAUUCACAAGGAUCCUCCUAGCAAAGUCUCCGAGAGCCAGUUCCGGAGAUUUCUUUGUGACUCACCUCUAGAGGCAGGAAAUUCCCCAGAUGGCCCAGAGGUGGGCUACGGCUCUUUCCACCAGCAGUACUGGCUGGACGAGCAGAUCGUGGCAGUGGGAGUUAUUGACAUCCUGCCUACCUGCGUGUCCUCAGUGUACCUGUACUACAAUCCAGACUUUGCAUCUUUGUCUUUAGGCUCCUACACUGCUCUCAGCAUCCAGAGGCCCGGCAGCCUCGCCCCCUCGUCACGACAGAAUGCAAGCGUGUCAACAGACGACGGGCGAUACAGGGAGCGCAUUGUGAAAGAUGUAUGUUUGGGAGAGAGGGAUGCUCGGGCGCUGAAGGACGUGGGCAGAGCUCUGGUGCUGUACAAACGAGUCCCCAUGCCGUACGCAGCCUACAGACGCAAGCGCAAAGGCCCCGUGGACGAGGCGGUCGUGCAGCAGUACGCCGGCCUGGUCGGUCAGGACUGCGCUGAAAGGAUCUUACUUUAUCGCUCCUGA